AUAAGGGUUCCCUGUCUAUUAUCAUGGAUCUGGUUCUCACUUGUUGCUCAGUAACAAAUCGCAACAGGUACAGCUAUUCCCCGCCCACUUGCUAAAUAUCACUCCCGUGUGUGUAUAUAUAUAGAGGCAGGCAACAAGAGAAAGGCAGAUACUUUUGGAUCUCGACAGAGAGUUAGUCAUCAAUUGUGAGGACUGAGCUGCAGUAUACAGCACAAAAGGAAACAUGCAGAGUGGACUGAUCUUGCUUGUUCAUCAGGAGCAUUCUCUAAACAAGAAAGAAUACCAGCACUGCCAGGAGCAGAGCGAGAUGCCAGCAAAUAUGAAGGAGCAUAGCUUUAUUAAAGGACUGAAGAACCGAUGUUUGCAUCUUUUGCAUCAGCACAAGGCAACCACUAAUUCUUCUCAAGUGACCAUCAAAUCAGAAUCACCAAAACUAACUUUGAAUCCUUCCCGUGAAGAGGUAUUGAAGUGGGCUGAUUCUCUGGACAACUUACUGGCUCAUAAAUAUGGCCUGAUUGCUUUCAAAUCCUUCCUCAAAUCAGAGUACAAUGAUGAGAACAUCGAGUUCUGGCUGGCCUGUGAGGAAUACAAGAAAAUUAAGUCACCUGCAAAACAGGCCUCCAAAGCAAAGAAGAUCUUCACAAAUUUUGUGGAACCAAUGUCUCCGAAAGAGAUCAAUUUAGAUUACUACACCAAAGAGGCAAUCACUCAAAAUCUUCAACAUCCAACCUACACUUGCUUUGAGGCUGCGCAGAAGAAAAUCUACAGUCUGAUGGAAAAUAAUGGCUACAACCGAUUCCUUCAGUCAGAUAUCUACCAAAACAUACUCAAUAAUAGCCAUGAUCAUCACCAAACAUGAAUGCUGUUACUCUUCCACAGAUCAGAUGAUGGUUUCUUCUUGAGCUGUUUUCUGCUGUGACCAAAGUAUUCGGUGUGAAAUCAAAUGACACCAAGAUGCUUGAUGCCUAUAAAUGAUGGGACAUGGAAAAAGAGACCAAAACUUGGAUGUAGAAAGUAUGGCAGAGAGAAUCAAAGAAGUCUUCUCAAAAGCCGAAGAGAGGAGAGUAACAAGGUGUGCCAUGUGGGCAGAAGGCUCAGUUCCCUUCUGGGGCCUGAGCUUCAGGGCUUGGCGUGGUGCUGCAGAGGGCAGCGAAGCAGAACCCAAUAUUUCCUCAGUAGGAAAAGGAACAAAGUAAGGUGGAGAGUCUCCUUGCUAACAGAAGUUUUGUAGUCCAGAAAGAUCUUUAAGAAGCAGGUCUGAAAGGAAGGGGAAACAGAUAAUUUAAGGAAGCAAGGGAACAUAUGCAGUAUCAGAAUGGUACCUGCAUUCAAAAUUGUACUAACACACUGAGAAUGCCAUUCCUCCAUCACUGUAUAUCACAGUACUGACACAGUUGAAUAUCUCCAUGUUAGUCUGGCAACAGAGACUGUAAAAAGUACAUCAGUUGAAAGAGCUAAUUGUUUUGAGCUUGUGUUACAUUGAUCCUUUACCAUACAACAUUACCAUUUCAGUUUGGUGUUCAGUUUUUUACGUAACUAUAAAGAUUGAUUGGCUUAAACCUAAUACAUGUUUUUAUACCAUCAAACGUGAUAUAAGCCAAACAAUCCUGGAGUCUGUAGAAAAUUUUUGACCACUGUUACAGUUCGGAUUGGAAGUGAAAACUUGGUGUGAUGAGCCACAAAAUCCAAUGUAUAAUCUGUGUCUGUCUUUAUACAAGAUAACACAUCCUGUAUGAUGAUAAAGCAACCUUCUGGAUACUGAACUAGACAAUGCUACUUCUGAGGGGCAUAAAUUAUUCAGUGAUUUAUAAUCCAAAAGCAGCAGUUGUCAGAAUCAUGCAGUAGCUUGCAUUGUGAACAUUGUUUAAUCGACUUGUAUGUAAAGAUUCUAUUGUGUAUUCUGAGCCAAAAUAACAAAUAAAGUUGUAUGAAUAAUCAACAA